AUGGAGACGUCCAGGGCCAAGCAGGACGCGCUACCGCCUGUUUACCUGGAGAAAGGCGGCGGCGUGGGGCAGGGGGUCUGCUGCAGCCACCAGCAGGGCCGACCCCGCGGCCCCGCCAGGCUCUCCAGGGCACUCAAGCAUCCGGCCCUCCCGUACAAAAGGGGUGCGCCCCUGGGGGUGAGGGGCCCGGAAGCAUGGGAGCCCGAGACGCCCGAGGCGGAGGCUGGGGAGCCCGGGGCAGCUGGCCGAGCGCGACCCUCGGCCCCGCCGGCGGCGCCCGGACGCCGGAGCCGAGCACUGUUGGCCCCUCCGGGGCGAGCGCCUGGCCAGAGCAGGUGCCCGGGCCUCCCGACCCCGCCCGGCCUCGGCUCCAGCCUGCGCCGCCCGCCCACCCGUCGGCCCGCCGGACUGACCAGGCGCGGAGGCGCCCGCCCCGCCGCGCCCAGAGGGAGCCGGACAGCGGUCGAGGGCUGUCCCCCGCCCCGCCCGCUCUGCCGGCUCCUCGCCCGCCGCCCGCCGCCCCCGGCCGGCGCGCCUCACCUGCCGAGAGCGCAGCGCUCACAUCGCCCGCCCGCGGCGCCCCCUCCGCCGCCGCCGGCGCCAGGCGCGAACGGGGGCGGUGGCGCUGCGGGACGAGCCUCUCGCCGGGCGUCCGGGGCUCAGAUCCCGCCUCGGCAGCGUCUAGGAGCCUCGCGGCGGACGCGUGGGCGAGCGGCGGCCUUGGUCCAGACUCCGGGAGGGAGCGGUGCCGGGUUCGCGCCCCGCGGCCUCCCGCCCGCGUUCUCCUCGGCGCCCCCUGGUGGCGGGAAGGGGGCGCCGCAGCGGGUCGCGCCCCGGGUCUCCCGGACAGGACCCGGUAGGCCAGGACCCUGGACCCCGCCACCCCCGGGGGGCCUGCGACCAUCCUUGGCCCAGCUGUCUCCUUCCGAGACCGGAGACCCCGUAGCCUUUCGCGCGCCUACCCCUCACCCGAGCCGCGCCGGGCGGGACAGCUGA